AUGGUCGGACCGACAGCCUCCCUUACUCCUCUUUCUCGCGCGGAUGGUUCGGCUUCUUACCAAUGUCCUUCGACGGGAUCUAAUAUCCUCGGAGCAGUAAAUGCGCCAAUUGAGCUCCCUGGCCGCCGGGAUGCCCUCAAGCCCGAGGAUGCGACCGUGGAAGUUUUCGUGAAGCCGGGGACCGCACCGGGUGGGGUUGGUGAACGAUACGUCGAAGGAAUCAUCAAGAAUAUGCUGAGCAAGUUGAUCCUGGGACGAGAGAAAGGCUACGCUAGGCGUGGCGUGGUCAUCACCUUGGCUAUUAUAGGAGGAGAGAGUGUCGGUAGAGGUGAUUCGUACUUGACGUUGCUCCCCGCCCUCCUCCACACGUCUUUGUUGGCGCUACUUUCUGCCUCCGUCCCCUUAUCCAUGACCUACUCCGCGACCGUGCUGGCGGUCGAUGCUUCAGGAGAGAUCACGAGGGAACCCUCCGUGAAGGAAGCCGCCGCCGCCGCCUCUCUUCACGUUUUCGCCUUCUCAUCCAAUGGGCAUCUCCUACUGAACGAGAGCCAGGGGCCUUUUGACUUUGAGACCUGGGAAAAGGUCCACCAGCGCGCUUUGGCCAUCUGCCAUGGGACUUUAGCCCGUACCUCCGAUGGAGACGUGGCUAUGACCGAGGACGUGGAUGGCCAGCCCCUGGAAGGCGCGUUGCGCGAGGCGAUGGAAGAAAAAGUUCAACAAGAUUACUCCUGGAAGAUCGACGCGGCUUGA